UUUGACCUACUCUUGGACAUCGCCUCUGACCCGUACUUAUCACGUCUCCUGCGGCCCCAGCAACUCAGUUCUCUCAAGCGCUCUAACGGAUUCUCACCCUUGCGCUGCACAUGAAGCUAGAGGCUUGAAUCCUGACCAUUCUGGUCCCGGUCUUUGAUUUGAGCUAAGAUGGAGCUUUCAUGGCGGAGGCUCUUAAUCUUCUCCGCCGCGGCGCGGCUGAUCAUGAUACUCUUUGGCGAGUGGGAAGACGCGAAUCUGGAGGUCAAGUACACGGACGUAGACUAUUUGGUAUUUACCGACGCGGCUCGCCUGGUUACCCUAGGUCGUUCGCCGUACGAGCGUUACACGUAUCGUUACUCGCCGCUUCUCGCGUGGAUUCUGGUGCCAAACGUGUUGCUUCACCCGCUCUGGGGAAAGCUGUUUUUCUCAGCAGCCGAUCUUUUGGUGGGUCACCAGAUCCGAUCUCUCCUGCUUCUACGUGGCAUUUCCGACCACGUGGCAGUCCUGUGUGCUGCCACGUGGCUCUUCAACCCCUUUACUGUCACCAUCGCUACAAGAGGCAACUGUGACGCCCUUGCUGCUGCUCUCAUCCUCCAAGUGCUUCUUGGACUGUUGCAGGGGAAUAUUAUUUCUUCUGCUUUUUGGUUUGGCAUCGUGGUGCAUUUCCGAGUCUACCCGAUAAUCUACUCGCUGCCCUUCGUCCUCUACCUCUUCCACACAUAUCCACUGCGAAACAACACCUCCCUCGGUGCCAGCUCACUGACCAAUUCACUGCGAAACAACACCUCCCGUGGUGCCAGCUCACCACCCAAAUCCUCCAUCCCUGAUACUGCUAAAGCCAGCGCGCUUUCCCGCAUUUUGAAGGGCCUUACAUUGCCUGUAGAGUUUGCUGUGGUUUCUGGGGGCACGUUUGUCCUCGUUACAGCGCUGUGCUGGAGACUGUACGGGGACCAGUUUCUUAACGAGUCACUGCUGUACCAUGCCUCGCGGUCUGAUCACCGCCACAACUUCUCAGCUUACUUCUAUGCGAUAUACCUGAUGACCAAUCAGGGAGCGCCAUCUGUCACAAGCAGGAUCCUCUCCUUUCUGCCUCAGCUUCUGCUACAAUCAACUUUCUCCCUCAAGUUCUUCCAGGACCUCCCCUUCUGCCUCUUCGUACAAACAUUCGCAUUUGUGGCUUUCAAUAAGGUGAUAACCUCGCAGUACUUCGUUUGGUUCCUCUUCCUCCUUCCCCUGAUCCUUCCCUUCACGUCUCUCCGCCUCACAAAGUACGGCGGCGCUUGUCUUCUUCUUUGGCUCGCUGGCCAGUCUUACUGGCUUUGGUGGGCGUAUAAUCUUGAAUUUGGGGGACUUUCUUGCAUGCUCCCCCUUUGGGUUGCUGGUAUUAUGUUUCUUGCGGCAAAUGUGGCUAUAUUGGCUUGCUUGAUUCGGAGCCAUACGUUCACUUCGUUUCUGCCUUAUGCCGCCUCUGCACAUAAGAAGGUAAACUAGUUGUAAUAAUGCGUGGACCAAGUAACACGAAAGGUUGAGACUAGAGCAAACUCUUGUUAUGAGGGACGACCAUUAUUAUAGGGAACUGAUGUGGUUUUGACUAGAA